CAAUUUCUUCCCGAAUUUAUAAAACUCUAGUAUAAAGUUGAUUUUGCUUGAGUUGAGCUGUUCCAAGUCUUCAAGAAUCAAGAGAUAUCCCACAAUCGUACCAAUUAUUCCAAGGCAAGGGCCAAGGGCCACCAAUCCCAGGGUUCGUUUCAAAGAAAAUGGGGUUCAUAAUGGAGUUUGCCGAGAAUUUGGUUUUGAGGUUGAUGGAGGACCCAAAGGAGAGGGACAAAAAAUUUAGGGAGCAUUUAUAUUCAGUCAAGGAACGAUGCAACAAAACCAAGGAGAUGUGGAGUUACCCCCUGCGACCUUAUGGAUUUUGGACUUUUGAGCGCCACAAUGCCCAACUCCGCUGGGAUGCUCAGAUUAGCCAGGUGCCGGGUCGCAGGGACCCCUAUGAUGACCUUCUUGAAAACAGCUUUGAUACCUCCACCAAAUGAAUGCUAGAAGAUGAUUUAGAGCUUGGUCUGCUGUGGUUGGGCACUUAAGCUUUUCACUGUUCUUUUGGAUUUCUUAUUAUUAUGUGCUAUAAAAAUAUGAAUAUCUAAAUUUUUAAGACCAGCUUAUGAGUGAAAACAAUUGUCUAUGUUACUCAACUGUAUGGAACAACAUGCACAUUUUGGUGAAUAAUUGCCCAUGUAAUCACUUUCUCUGAUUCAUGUAGUUUGAAGAUAAGCAUGCGUCGAUACAUUUUGCUCAAUAGCUGAUAAGAUAUUUCUCAAUUACCAUUAA